GCCAACUAUAUCCUUCGGUUAACGAGUAGUUUUGGUUACAUCAAAUCCCUUUCUUUUUUCCCUGCUCAAAAUCCUAAUUGUUGUGUCUAUUCCGUUUGGGACUCGAAUUUACUCUCUCUUACCACUCGAUCGUCCAAUCUCGAUCUCUCAACACCCCGUCCUCUUUACAGGAAUAAAUUCUUUUUCUCCAGAGAAAUGUCUCCGACAUCCAGGUCUAAGUCCAAGGACAAAAAGGCUGGCAAGGACACACAGAAGGCAUCUUCAAACCCAACGGGUACUCCUAAUGCAGGUAGUGGUGUACCACCUAGUGCAUACAAUCCACAUUUAGGAACAUUUCAUGCCCUUGAAAUAACGCCAGCGUCCUCUGCUUCGCCUUUUUAUGCUAAUGGUCAUUUCUGCAACAUAGAUGAAACAGAAGUUUCAUAUGGGAGCUCACUUGGAACUGGGGCUGAAUAUGAUUCUGUUUCCAACAAUGGUAGUUGGUCAGAGGAGUCAGAAGAUCACAAAGAGAAAUCAUCUAAUCCUCCCGCAAGGCAGGACGUAAUACCAGGGGCUGAUGGCGACAAGCGGGAGAAAACCCGCCAGAAGAAUGAGAAGAAGCAUCAGCGCCAGAAGGAGAGGCGUGCCAAGGAAUUGCAUGAGCGAUGCAAUGGCUAUCUCAUGUCAAGAAAACUGGAAAAACUUGCACAGCAGCUUGUUUCAAUGGGAUUUCCUCGCGAGCGUGCAAUUAUGGCGCUGAUAUUCAACAAAGGGAAAGUAGAGCAAUCUAUUUCUUGGAUCCUUGAAGAAGGUGAAGAACCAGACAAGCACCGGGAUCAUAAUCUUGUUGGUAAUUUGAAAAUUGAUAUUUCAGAUGAGCUUUCCCAGAUCACAAAUUUGGAGAUGAGAUUCAAGUGCACAAAGCAAGAGGUUGAAAGAGCUGCCGUUACCUGUGAAGGUGAUCUUGAGAAGGCGGAAGAGUACUUGAGAGCACUGAAGCAAGACUCGCCUUCUGCUCCAUCGAAGCCUGAAGAAAAUAGCUAUUCUCCUACUCCUAGCAACGGUAAGGUUUCUGCAGCAGUUAGCCAGAGUGCAGUGAGGCUGCAAACAAAACCCAAUUUACUUGCUACAAUUGAACAAAGAAGAGAUGAAAAGGAAAACCAUUCAAAAACAUCAGGUGUAGUUGGAGUAUCCUCAGAACCAGGAAGUAGAAGUGUGCAACCUUUGAAGAGAAUUCAACCGAAGUUGGAGUGGGCAAAACAACAGCAGAUUGCUGUGCCUGCUGAGAAAAGGUGGUCAACUACUGGAUCAAAUCCUUCUGCAUCUUAUUCUUUGGCAUCAUCUUUGCGGGUGUCACCUCCAGCAGCCAAUGCUGAAGCUCAUUAUGUGGCUGUUGGUAAUGAAUACAAAAACCUUCAACCUGGAAUAGUUAGGGAACCAGUUGUUAUGAUGCAGAUACCUCAAUCUGUGAAUACAAAGCAGGUUUUGGCCACCAGCAUGAGUUCAUCACCUCCUGGAUCAGCUGCAAGUUGGCAUCCUGCUAACAGUGUUGAAAUUAUGAAGUCCAGCAGGUUGAUACCUCAUAUUUCUACUGCAAGAAGCCUCGGCCCAAGCAAUUUGAACUCUCAUCAGUUGUAUCAGCAACAUUUUGUUCCUAGCAGUGUGCCAGGAGAUUCUCCUGGAGCUAGCCGAGGAAAUAUAACAAGUACAUCCCCUACUCUUGCUCCUGCCUCCUCACUUGGACUAUUCUCUGGGUUGGGUUCUACCGGUUCUUCAGGUGCCUCUUCUCCUGUUGACUGGAGCACACCUGGCUCAAUGGCGCACUUCGAUUACACCAACAUAGACUGGAGCUUGAAUCGAGAAGGGGGGUUGUCUUUAGAGGGUCCUUCUGGUUCGUGGUUAGGAACUGGAACUAUGAGGAACAGCACUCACUUAGAUGAUUCUAAUGCUUCUGGAAUGGCUGCCAAGAUGGCUAUGAGAUCGGUUCCUAAGGGAAAUAGAAUACCGUUAGCAGGAUUGCAAGAUGGCGGAGCCUCUGUUACUGAGGCGCCCGCUGCUAGUUCCCGAGAGUGGACUUCACCAUUUGAAGGGAAAGAUCUUUUUAGCAUACCAAGGCAGUUUGUUUCUUCUCCUUCUCUGUAGGGGUGGGUGGGUAAAAUUUCAGUUAAGAAUAUGAAAAAGAACUGGAAAGUGCUUGAAUUUGAUGUUCUGUUGGUUCUUAUGAUGCUUGUGAUUGGUG